CAACCUAAAUAACAAUUGCAACUUGAGCUAUGGUGGUGAUGAAACGCAUUAUAACCACCAGCGUAGACACGACUUGAGACUAUUCAUCCAUUAGCUGUUGAUGUAACGUCCCCGGAUGGAAACAAAGACACAGGUGACCGCAGGUUGACCAGCGAUGUCAGGCAGGUAAUAGCUGCGUGACUGAAGCCGCUUCAAUGAGCGACAGAGCCGAGAUGAGAGGGCCUGUAAGCCGCCGGAGGAGGACGACCAUCUCCAACGGGAACAAGUGGCACGAUGCCGGGGAGACACCUCCACAGUGUUCCGAUAAAACCAAAACAAACGAGGUGUCCAGGCACGCGAGUGUCAACGGGAAGGCGGACGGAGAGAUGGGGAAGUCAGAGCAGCUGCAGCUCCAGAACAGCCCGAAGAAACAGAGGAGUGUGGUGGAAGACUUUAACGAGAGACUCAGCUGUCACGUCCUCCAGGAGUCUCUCUUAAGUUCAGCCAGUGGCUACAGCAACUACAGAGGAAUCCUCAACUGGUGCGUUGUCAUGCUGGUGCUGAGUAACGCUCGCCUCUUCUUGGAGAACAUUAUAAAGUAUGGUAUCUUGGUGGACCCGAUCCAAGUGGUGUCGCUCUUCUUGAAGGACCCCUAUAGCUGGCCAUCAGCUUGCCUCAUCAUUGUGUCCAAUGUGUUCAUCUUGGCAGCCUUGUACACAGAGAGGCGUCUGGCUGUGGGUACCAUUUCCCAAAUGACAGGACUGAUUCUUCAUAUUUUUAACCUGACAUCCAUGUUGAUCUUCCCUGCAGCCACUGUACUCACCGUGACCUCCGUGACCCCAGUGGGUGGCGUGCUCUCGUUGGCAAUCUACACGGUGCUGUUUCUCAAGCUGUACUCCUACCAAGACACCAACAGGUGGUGUCGAGAAAUUAGACAAGCAAAAGCCAAGAGACUAACACGAUCAUACUCAUGUCCGUCUGUGGCACAAUCGAAUGGUUCAGCAGUUCAUACUCAUGUCUCCUAUCCGGGCAACCUCACCCACAGAGACAUGUACUACUUUGUCUGUGCUCCAACUCUCUGCUACGAGCUGAACUUCCCACGGUCCCCUCGAAUACGCAAAAGGUUCCUGAUGAGAAGACUUUUUGAAAUGCUUUUCUUCAUGCAGUUGUUGGUGGGAUUGAUACAGCAGUGGAUGGUUCCCACCAUACAGAACUCAAUGAAACCAUUCCAGGAAAUGGACUUUUCUAGGAUGGUGGAGCGCCUCCUAAAGUUAGCUGUCCCUAACCAUCUGAUAUGGUUAAUAUUCUUCUAUUGGUUUUUCCACUCUACUAUGAACUUUGUGGCAGAGCUGAUGCAGUUUGGAGACAGAGAGUUCUACAAAGACUGGUGGAACUCUGAGUCCGUCACAUAUUUCUGGGCCAACUGGAAUAUUCCAGUUCACAAGUGGUGUCUGAGACACUUCUAUAAGCCAGUGUUGAGGAAGGGAGUCAACAAGUAUCUGGCUCAAACUGCAGUCUUCCUGAUAUCUGCCUUCUUCCACGAGUACCUGGUGAGUAUUCCUCUGAAGAUGUUUAGACUGUGGGCCUUUAUGGGAAUGAUGGCUCAGGUUCCUCUGGCUUGGUUCGUGGGUCGUUUCCUGACUGGAAACUAUGGCAAUGCUGCUGUGUGGAUCUCGCUCAUCAUUGGCCAGCCUGUCGCUGUGUUGAUGUACGUCCAUGACUACUAUGUCAUUCAUCAUGGGACCACGACACAGUGACGGGCAAACACGCACAUUCACACAGUCUCACACACACACACACACACAAACAAGUCAUGUUGUAAACAUGCACAGCAGCCUGCUAGACAACUCAAUGAGUGAAUGUAGAGCAAGUUAGGGUGACUUUAAUAAAAAGCCCUGUUAAUAUGAACCGGUCGGUGAAAAGCAGCAGCAACAGCAGGAAAAUAGUUUUUGACUUCUUGAAUUUUGCACUAAAGAGAAAUGAACCACAGUAACAACAAGAGAAGUGUUUGCUUCGAAGCAGCGUUCCACUUUAGUUGGGCAAACAUACUUUUGUAGUCGGCCUCAUGUAUUGACCUCGGGAUCCGCAGACACCACCCGCUCUUAAUAUCUGUCUCCAGCAUUGGACUUUUCAACUUUAAAUAAUCCUGGGCCCAAAGUGAAAUAGCACUUGGAUUUCUGUUGUUGGAAUUCAAAAAAAGUAAAUGUGUGGUUGAUGAUUCAUGAGGUCGAACUAAGAUUAGUGGCAAUUUCUUGAACUUUAAAAGUGGAAACUCUUCUUGUAACCAAGCACUCCUCGAGUUCUGGAAAAUGUGUGCACAGUUUGUGAACCACUGCCAAGCGAGCACAGGAGAGACGAGGGUCCUGCCACCACAGAGCUGAUGUGAACAUGUCGUUUCUAUAUCGGUGGUUGAAAGUCACUUCUUUUCUUGUAUCCAAAAGGCAACAGAGGAAUGAUGAAGCCAAAUACACAGAUUGAUGCAGUGCAGUAGUUGAGUAUUACAGGAAUGUAUAACACAAGGACUUGUUAAACAAGAACGAUUAAAGACAAGAAACUGAAGGAAAAGAUGCUAAAGAAAGUGAAGUUUUUGUGACCUUUAUUUGUAAAGUUGUGGACCUGCAGGCAGUCUCUCCUCUUCUGUCUCAAACAACAUCAAUGCAAGCCCUGAGUGUAACAGUACAUGCUACAGGCGUGUCACUUGUUAUGGCACUUGUCUUUUUGUGUUGCAUUUGACUUAUCAGAUGGUUUAUUUUGUACUUGUAUCAUUUUAUUUGUCGGUGUGAGUGUCUUUAUUUAUGUUGUGCCAGAUUAUAAUUAGUUUUGUCUUAAAUCAAUUAUUUAAUGCAAUAGUUGAUUUACUUAUUUGUACCAAUGAAUGUUUUUGCACUUUAAAGAAAUGCAUGCUGUUGACUAAAGCAAUAGAUUUGAAUAUUUUUUUUAAGUUAUGUCAAUCAUGCGAGGAAGGUAUGUUUUGUUGAAAUAAUUUGUAUGUUUUGUGAUUUGCUUGUUGACGUAUAAGUUUGGCUUACUGUUAGGGUUUUUUUUCCAAAGUAAAACGGCAGCUGCAGAGGUAAUGAUGAGCUUCAAACAGUAUUUAAAUUCUAAAGACUCUUUCUUGGUUUGACCUGAUUUAAAAGUUGCCAAAAAGGAUAUUGUUGUGAACUGCUUUCCAAAUGCAUAGUGACAGUUGACUGAUCAUGAUGAAUCUGUUCUUUCCUUAUUGAGCACAUUUCAGGUUAAUACUGUAACACCAUUUAUCAAAAAUACUGUUUUGGCAUUCCUUAAUGAAAUUUAAGUGCCUACUGUAAAAAUAAAAAAUUGAAUUCUA